UUUUGUUGCAUGCCACUCUUUUUUUCAUUUUCUGUUUCUCUCUCUUACCCACCUACCCUUUUGUUUAUUUACUCAAGAAACUAAGAAAUCAGAAUCCUCCCUACACUUUCCAAAAAAAAAAGAAAAAGAAAAAGAAAUCAAUUUGUGGAUUUUUUAUUUAAUCAAGAUUUGGCAUCUUCAAAACUAAAUUUCUUCUCUUUUUUUUUCCUUUUUGUUUUCCCUCUUUUUCCUUGGAGUUUUCUCAGCAAGGAUAUUUGACUCUCUGUUGAUUGCUUGGACUAUGUGUGAUUCUUAGCAUUCUCCCAAGCUUGCGGUGGCUUUGCUUUGGAAAAGCAAAAAAAAAAAAAAUAUUGGAUGGAGGAAGCAUGUGAAUUUCGAAGUUGGGCUGAAUUGAUUCCUGAUGCGCUCGGGGUAAUCUUCACCAAUCUUUCUCUUCAGGAGAGGGUAACAGUGAUCCCCAGGGUGUGCAAAUCAUGGGCUAAUGCAGUAACUGGACCUUACUGCUGGCAAGAGAUAGACAUCAAGGAUUGGAGCAACCGAUGCCAGCCCGACCAACUCGAUCGGCUACUUGAGAUGCUUAUCACAAGAAGUUGUGGAACCCUCCGCAAACUCAGUGUUUCUGGCCUCCAAACUGAGAGCAUCUUCACUUUCAUUGCUGAAAAUGCCUGUUCCCUCCAUACAUUGCGACUGCCAAGGAGCAGUAUGAAUGAUUCCAUUGUGGAACAGAUUGCUGGGAGGCUUUCUAUGAUUUCUUUCUUGGAUGUGAGCUACUGUAUUAAAAUUGGUCCCUAUGCGCUUGAGAUGAUUGGCAAGAACUGCAAGCUUCUAGAAGGGUUGUGUCGAAACAUGCACCCAUUGGAUACUGCGGAGAAGCCGCAUCAAGACGAUGAAGCAUAUGCAAUUGCCUCCACAAUGCCUAAGCUCAAGCAUCUUGAAAUGGCUUAUCAUCUUAUCAGCACUUCGGGUGUCCUUCAAAUACUUGCAAACUGCCCUAAGCUUGAAUUUUUGGAUCAAAGGGGGUGUUGGGGUGUGACACUUGACCACAUGUUUUUAAAGCAGAAAUUUCCAAAACUGAAGGUUUUGGGGCCUUUGGUUCUUGACACUUAUGAGAGUGAUGGCUGGGAUGAUUUCUCAGAUGUGUCUGAUUCAUCAGAGUACUUGGCCUGGGACUUUGUGGCUGGUGGCAUGGGAGAAUACUAUGUUGAUGAUAGUGAUAGUUACGAUGGAAUGUGGGAUGAUGAAGCGAGGCUAGAUGAGCUUCAGUUCGGGUUUUAUGAAGGGAUAGAAGAUGCAGGAAUGUAUUGGCCUCCAUCUCCGUAAGAAGCUAUAGCUGCUGCAUUACUUGUGAUCAAUUGUAUGCUUUUCUACUCUUGUAACUAAUGCUUCUACUUUUCUUUUAUGUGCUCUUUGAAUGAUGUGUUUUUUUUUUUCCUUCAAGUAAUGUUUGGCUUGCUCUGCCUAGCAUAUGCAUAAUCGAGUGAGAUUGUUAUUGACCUACCUUAGAUUUCUUACUUAAGUAGGAAAAGGAAGGGAAAGAGAAAGCUCCCUUGUUUCUCACAUGUUAGAGGUCUACAUGUUGUAAUUGGAACAUCUGGCUUAUUACGAUGUUGUACCUUCUUGAAAAAAUAUCUGUUUGAUGAGGUUGUCAAAUUGGAUUCGGAUUUUUAUUGUUGUAAUAAAUUAACUGUUGAAAA